AUGGAGAAUGAAGAAGCACCUGACCCUGAACCUGGUGUGUUGUGUACUAAAAUGGCAUUUCCAGACAUAGUUGCUUUCAAGAAACAUCUAAGAGAAUAUGCAGUACUGAAAUUUAUGCAGUAUGAAAUUAAGAAGACAGAUAAAGAAAGAUGUUAUGCUGUUUGCAAGUUCAGACACAUCAAUGACUGUGAAUGGAAUGUGAGUGCAACAGCAAUUCCUAAUUGUAAGACUGUAACUGUCAGGAGAUGCAACUUAGAACACAAAUGUAAGAGGACUGGUGCUGAUAAAAACCCAAAAUGUAAUUCUAGAUUUGUAGCAGAUUACUUGUUGAAGACAAUGACUGCUUCCACUUCUUUGAAGAAGGGUAGAAAAAUCAUGAAAAAAAUCAUUUGGCCCCAAUUAAAGGUUGACAUACCUUAUUGGGUUGCAAAUGAUGCAAGGUUCACCAAAGUUCCACAACUUUGUACCGCUGCUACAACUUUGAACCCUGGAAGCAUUGGCCACUUCACUUAUGCCAAAGAUGGAGAUGUUGAUAGAUUUGAGAGUUUAUUUAUAUCAUACAGCGCACAACUUAAAGGAUUCUCAAAUGGUUGUAGAUUGGUUAUAGGGCUUGAUGCAAUGCGCUUGACAGAGACAGAGGCUAAUUGGUACAUUUUCUUGAAAGAAUUGAAGAAAAAAAUACCAGAUCAGUAUGGAUUGACAUUUAUCUCUGAUAGACAAAAUGGUCUUACCGAGGCAGUGACUGAGUUAUUUCCACUGGCAAAUCAUAGGUUUUGCUUUAGACAUCUAUACCAGAAUUUCCAGAACAAUGGAUACAAAGGGGAAAAACUGACAACCCUUCUAUGGCAGGCUGCGAAAGCCUAUAAGUAUAGUCACUGGAAGGUACAUAUGGAUGAAAUUCUAGAAGUUAAUAGUGAUGCACAUGAGUAUUUGAUGGAUUUGGACCCAAAACACUGGGCAAGGUCAUGGUUCCCACACGAUGUUGCUUGUGAACAUAUAAAUAACAAUUUUUCAGAAAGCUUUAACAACAUGGCUAAAAAACUUACAAACAAACCUAUCAUCAAGUUGGUCACCAUGUACACACAGUUGGUUAAUGGAUUGUAUUACAAGAGAAGGAAACUAGCUCAAACAUGGCAAUCUGGUGAUCUAGUACCUGGUGCCAAAGAUCUCAUUGAGGUGAUGGAGUCCCUUAGAGGAAACUUUGAUGUUGACCCUGCAGAAGAGAUGAAGACAUAUGAGGUGACUAAUCAAAUCACAAAGAAGGUCUUUACUGUUGAAAUUGAAGAAAAAACUUGCACUUGCAGACAAUGGCAACUAAGAAAAUUUCCAUGUGUGCAUGCUACCUGUGUUUUGCAUAGAUUGAAUCCCAGUUGGGCAAUGUACUGUAGUAAGUAUUAUACUGUGGACAUGUAUAUGACCACUUACUCUUGGUCAAUAACUCCACUAGGAGACAUUGAUGAGUGGGAAAGUCAGUCUAAGGUGGAUCUGGUUGCUCCAAUCAGAAUAAGAGAUCCUGGAAGACCUUGUGUAAGAAGGAAGAAAUCUUGGAUGGAGAAGAAUAAACAAAGCAAACCUAGGCAUUGUAGUACAUGUGGUGGUGAUGAUCACAACAACAGAACAUGCAAGGGUGGGCCUGUUGGAUCUAAUCCAAAGAAGAAAAGAGUGAGAACAGAGAUUCUUGUUGAUGGAGAUACUAUUGUUGUAGGAACUAUAGACACAAAGAAGAUCAGGAAGAAAUCUGCAUUAAAAUCUGCAUCAGCAACUGCAUCUUCAAGCAAAAGUGCUGCUGCUGAUAGAGCUACAUCAACCUCUGCUGCUGGUUUGUUUAGUCGAACUUACCAUGGCACAGUUAACAUACAGAACCAGACAAAUAAUAUUUGUGAACCAUCAUCAAAAAGGCAAAGAAAGCCUAACUCAAAGUAUGUCUAG